GCUGAGACUCAACGGCAGACAUGAGCUACAAUUCUUCCUCCUACCGAAAGGUGUUUGGAGAUUCCAGCAGGUUCUCCACCUCUUCCUCCCGCAUGAGCAGCGCCGUGCCUCGGUCCUCGGCGGGACUCAGGUCCAUGGCGGUGUCGCGGAGCAGUAGCUCCUCGGUGGGUAUGUACCGAAGGAUGGUCCACCCCCAGACCUCCUUCUCUCUUGGGGCCUCGGACUCCCUUGACCUGAGCCACACCUCAGUAGUCAACAACGAACUGAAACUCAUCAGAACCAACGAGAAGGAGCAGCUUCAGGGUCUGAAUGAUCGCUUCGCCAUGUUCAUUGAUAAAGUCAGACACUUGGAACAGCAGAAUAAAAUCCUGGAGUCUGAGCUGGUGACGCUGCGGCAGAGGCAGGGCGAGCCGUCACGCGUGGCUCGCCUCUAUCAGCAGGAGAUGAGGGACUUGCGGUCCCAGUUGGAGGAACUGAACAGGGAUAACAGCCACAUCCUAAUCGAGAGGAACAACAUGGAGGAAGAGCUGCAGAAACUUAAUGCAAAGUAUGAGGAGGAGUUUAGAGUGCGAGAGGAGACAGACAAAACCUUGAGGUCCUUCAGGAAAGACGUGGAUGACGCCGUAGCUGUUCGUCUGGAUUUGGAGCGUCGAGUUGAAUCACUGAUGGAGGAAAUCUCCUUCCUGAACAAAGUGCACGAUGAGGAAAUCCAGGAGCUCAGCAGCUUAAUGGAGGCGCAGCAGGUCUCAGUGGAACUGGAACUCGCCAAACCGGACCUCACAUCGGCCCUAAAAGAGAUCCGCAGCCAGUAUGAGUGCAUCGCCUCCAAAAACCUGCAGUCAGCAGAGGAGUGGUACAAGUCCAAGUUCGCCAGCCUCAGUGAACAGGCCACUCGGAGCAACGAGGCCAUGCGGGCCAGCAGGGAGGAGAUGAAUGAGUUCAGGAGACAACUGCAGGCCAAGACCCUCGAGAUCGAGACCCUGAGGGGAGCCAACGAGUCACUGGAGAGGCAGACCGCAGAGAUGGAGGAUGCUCACAACGGUGAAGUUACAGCAAUGCAGGACACAAUUGGUCAACUAGAUACAGAGUUGAGGAAUCUAAAGGGGGAGAUGGCACAGCACCUGAGAGAAUAUCAAGACCUUCUCAACGUUAAGAUGGCUCUGGACAUUGAGAUAGCUGCUUACAGGAAGCUGCUGGAAGGGGAGGAGACUCACUUCAACUCAGGGAUGUCCUUCGGAACUUCCACUUACAGUUACCAGGCACACGUCCCUGCCGACUCCUCCAGGGGAAGCCAGCGAGAGAAAGAGGGAGCCAAGAAGGAAAGCCUCAAGGAGGAGAAGGAUGAAGCAGACAUUAACUCCAACAACUGAGGACAAAGACACACACUCCGUGAAGGCAACAAAUAAUGUAUAAGUAAUAGUAUCACAAUUAUGUGACCAUAGAAUUACUUAAGAUAGGUCUCAAAGAACUUGAUAUGAGUGAUUCAUUGACUUCUUUGGUGCAGACGUCAAACACACAAAGUAUUUCUAAGACUAUAUUACAAUAAGUGCUAGUAUUAAAAUAAUGUGUGUCAAAAGUGGAAAAGUUAACAGGCUAAAAUCCGCCGUUAGCAUCAGCUCUAACGAUAAAUGUGAAACCUUUGUCAGAAGUGGCUGUGACUAUAUGUACUGUAUACAUAUAAAUACGUUAACCAUAUCAAUGUUUUCCCCGCUUAUGAGGUCCUUAGCGCCAACUGUGGGGAUGAAUAAACAAAGCUGA